CAAAAAACCGGAAACAGACCACAGUGUGCAAAAUCAGCUAGUCUUCGGAAUAUCUUUCGUUUCACUGUUCAUGAUCGAAAUUUUCAUGUAGCAAUGACUGCCGCCGCUGAUGAAGACUGGGCGGCUGAAGUUGAUGAGCAAGAGCGGCAAAUCUCUGGAGAAGUAAGUUACUGACGCCGCGGUUAGAAUUCCAUAACGCGUCAUUCUUUGAAACACGUGCGAAUGAUUUCGCAUGUACGUUUCGGCGUCCUCUGCUUAUAGCUGUUGAAAAAAGUUUUGAAGCUUUAGCUUGAUAAAUUAAUGAAUUUUCAUUUAGUAGCUCGUGUGUUAGCUUAACCAAUUUUGGUUGUAUAAUUUAUAAAAACCCAUCAAACCGUUGAAUGAUGGCUUCAUUUUGAUGCAGAGUUUUAAGCUGACAUGUCGAUCCGGGGAAAAAAGAAGAGUGUAUUGAUAUUACACCUUCAUAUUCACUUUCAUUUCAUAGGAAAUGUACUGGUUUUCAGACUUUUCUUCCCUUGUGGUAGUGAAUAAAAUCAAUGAUACUGCAAGAUAUUUUGGACAAGCCUCCUUGUUCAGGAACUCAUAAGCAGCUUUUUAAGCACAGAGAUGGCCAAGAAAAAGGAUCAUUUUUUUUUUCAAGGGUUUUGGUAUUAAAGGCCUAGUCAUUGCAAGCGUGCCCGUUCUCUUCCUUCUGAUCGUGGGCAUUUUCAUAAAUUAAACAUUCUGGCUCCCCCAAGGAUUUUCACUUGUGUUAAAUUAUGUUUUAAAUGUCAAAUUUUUCAUCAUUCACUACAUCCUAGGGGCUUUCCACGCUUGGUGCUUGAGAACCAGUGCCUGGGCACUGGCACAAGGUGGUGUUGUGUUCGCACUUGAAAUACCUGAUAUGUGACUGUAUACAUAGUUACUCCUUUUCACCUUGUCAGACUCCAUUUUGAAACAUGAGCUUAGUAGUGACAACUACUAGUGUACUGCCUGGAACUUACAAAAAUUGUGUGCCGAUAGGGACCCAGUGCCUACUUUUGUGGCCGAGAACAAGGUCAAGACCUUGUACUUGGGCCCCGGCACCGUGCCCGAAUUCUAGCGUGGGUACUUGAAAAAAUGGUUCGUUCAUAUUACUUGGGCACCGAGUGUAAAAGCUGUCUUGUAUAAUGUGUCAUGAUAGGAACAAGAAGCAAGAGAUGUAAUGAUCAUUAAGAGUAGUAUUGUCGGGAGAUUUACCUGAGAAAAAAGCAAACAAUUCAAUGACAUUUUGUGAUGCCACCACUGGUUUUCCCAGGAAAUGACCUCUGAGGAACAAGGGCAGAAACUCUAGACUGAUGAUGUUUCACUAACAAGAUUUGGGUAGUGAUUCUGAUUGGUUAAUGCAAAUUUCCCUUGCAGCACAACAAAUCAGAAGCACAACCCUUAUCUGGGUAGUGACACAUCGUCAGUAUGGAAAUUCUGCACUCAUUCCCCAGUGACGUGGAAAACAUUGAAAACAUUGGUGACCCAAAAUGUUGGCUUUCUUCUCAGGCUACUACUAACACCCCUUUUGACUUUCAUAUAUUUAUUCACUAUUUGCAGGUUGAUAAGUUGACAUUGAGUAACACAAGUACCACUAAACCAACUGAGGAGAAGCAAGCGAAUACAGAAGAGGAUAAUGGUACAAAUAAAAUGCAAGCUCAGUGCUCAGUGAUAAUAUUAUUAUUCAUACUAAUCAUAGCUAUCAGCUGUCCUGAUUGGCUAUCAACUGUCCUGAUUUUAGCACUAACAGGACAGUGUAAUAGGACAGUACGCUUUAUGCCUAAGUAAUUUGACGGUACGUGCCAUCAGCCGCAUGCACUUAAAUGGCUUUUUUUUACCUUCUAGAAAAAGCUAUCGUAAUUUCUUGUGUUUUAAUUUUAAAAAAGGACCAAAUCUCACAAACUUUGUUAUACUUAUGAUUAAUUAGUUACAGAACUUUGUGUCAUCCAAUGUGGUCUGUAAUCAUACUCAUGAUUAAAUAAAUCGGACUCCCGCUAUGCAGUCGUCCAAUUUUGUUAAUCACUUGAAUGAUUACAGACCGAAUUGGAUUCCACUCAGUCCUUAGGACCAUUAUUUAUACUUUUAUCAAUACUAAAACCCCAUACUGACAUUGUCUUUCUUCCACAGAGCAGGCUAAGGCUACAGACCUUGCAGAUGCUUCUUUUUUGAUGAAAGUGUUAAGAAGUAAACUUGUUAAGACCAAGAAUGAGGUUGAGGUACAGAGAAAUGACCCAAGUUCACCCUUGCACUCUGUCAAGUCAUUUGAGGAAUUACCACUGUAAGUACUGACCACCAUUCUAUUGCUUUUCCUCCUGACAUGAAAGGAUUUUAAAUUUCAAAGGUUUAUCAGUGAUUAUUACCAGUGACUAUCAUUAUUAGCAUAAAAUAAUAUAAUCUUUGUUGUAUUUUUUAUUAGGUCAGAACAGCUCCGUCGUGGUGUCUAUGAUAUGGGUUUUAACAAACCAUCCAAGAUUCAGGAAACAGCAUUACCCAUGCUCUUAGCUGAUCCGUGAGUUACUGCAUGUUUAAUCCCUUGAAUUAAUUUUAUAAUAGUGUCCACAGUCUUCACAUAAUCAACACUGAUGGACUAGUAAAACCAUAUAACCGGAAUAAUUUAAUCUGAAAUAUCAUUAUGAUACAGUGUGCCCAUUUUCAGUGAGAUAAAACGUCAAUCAUGAAUAAAUUUCUUUUCUCGGUGGGAACUUACCUUGACUCUCCUUUUCACUCUCCAUUACUCAUAAGGCCUCUGACUUGUCCUUGAAAAGUGUGUCUGGUAUCAUUAAUAUUUUUUUAUGGGAAUGAGACAUUAACUCACUCCUCAACCCCCAACCUGGUGGGGCUAGGCAUUGCAAUUUUAUUCAUCUGGCCUCAGUUGUUCAAAAGGUAGAUAACACUGUCCACUGGAUAGCACAAUUUUAUUGGUUUGCCUAACAUGUAUCAACCGGAUAGUGAUUUAUCCGGUGGAUAGUGCUAUCCAACUUUUAAACAACUGGGGCCUGGCCUUUCACCCAAAACCUGCCCAACACAGUUGAACCCACCAAAAUGUGAGGUUCCAACCACUAUACAGUGUAGUUUUCAGGGUCAUUGAGGCACACGAACCUGCCCUCCAUGUUAUAAAGGCGCAACAUGUUUGGGAGGUGUCUUGGUGGGUGUCAAGUGGCAGUUGUAUAAAUGUUUGCUUUUUUGUUUGAUGUUUAGACCGAACAAUAUGAUAGCUCAAUCACAGUCUGGAACAGGAAAAACUGCAGCAUUUGUUUUGUCCAUGCUUAGCAGAGUAGAUGCAACAAAGAACUACCCUCAGGUAUUAUUUUGUUUUACUUCGUGUAUGUUCCUUCCUCCUGCACAACUUGUAAUAAAAAAAAACAGAUUCGUUGAGGUACUUGCAAAGUGUGAAACGAUAAAAUAAGGUGUAAGCUUUAUGGCAUCAUUUUCGUGUCUCGUUUGUCUCACCCAACAGACUAAGAAAAAAAAGAAACUGCUUUUGGUCUACUGCCAAUAAUUGGUGUAAUUUGAAUGGUGAUUGGUCAGACUGUAGGAUUUCGUCUUAAGACUCAAAAGUAGAAACCACUUAAAAAUUCCAUCUUCCUCUCUAGUAGUGAAAGAGUUACAUCAGGAACAAACAUGAAGUGUUAGAUAAUGAAUUUGUUCACAUAAAGCUGAAUUGUUGCAAUGAACUGAUUAUUUUGUUGUACUUUUAUCAAGGUUAUCUGUAUUUCACCCACAUAUGAGCUUGCACUACAAACAGGACAAGUGGCAGAAAAGAUGGGCAAAUUCUGCCCUGAAGUCAAGAUUGGUUAUGCAGUGAGGGGGGAGAGAGGUGAGAAACUGGAGCCAGGAAAAAUAAUUGUGCAAGACAUACAUGUAGGCCUCAGGGGGGGAUACCAUCCUGUCUCGCUCAGGGGUGUAAAUUUUGGAUUUUUUGUCUUACUUACUAAGAAAAAAAGUAAAAUGCCAAUAUUUUUAGCAUCUUAGGUCUUGUUUGGGGCUGUGGUCAAAGAAAGCUUGAGCCUUUCCUCAAUUGGUUUCCUUAAGGGGUUUAAUUCAAUGUUUGGUAUAAGCAUCAUAAAAAAUUAUUACAGAGGAACUGUAAUCAAUCCCUCUCAAAAAAAGGUUUUUUCUGUGUUAGUUGAAAUGACCUUGUGGCUAGCUACAGCUUACAUCUUUCUUUUCACCCUGAAUAAGGCCUAUAAAUAUGGCUUAGCAUUGUUUUUGUUUUGUUGCUGAAGAAAAUGAUUAUUGUAUAUUCCAUAAACAGCCUUUAAUGUUCUUAAUCCCCUCUCCUUCUCCUUUCUACAGUGUCAAGAGGUCAGAAAGUUACAGAUCACAUAAUAUUUGCUACACCCGGAACUCUACUAGACUGGAUUCUCCGCAACCGAGCAUUGGACCCCAAAAAAAUCAAGAUGUUUGUUUUAGAUGAGGCUGAUGUCAUGAUAGCACAACAGGGACACCAGGAUCAGUCCAUUAGAAUACACAAGUAAGGCUACUUCCCUUUUGUCAUACUUACCGAUGAAACUGGCAAAAAGAUCUCUGUUACGUCCUUUUAAUGAGAUUAUAAAUAAUCAUAGUUACUGGGAGAUUUUCUGUUGGCCAGUAGAUGAUUACAUUGGGCAUAUGCAUUUGUCUCAUUUCCACAGAGGUUUGCCCUCUGGUUUGUUUCGAAUAGCUUUGCCGCUCUUUUCUCUUUUGUUUGCUUCCUUCCACCCACCCACCUCUUUGUUCCUUGGAGGGAACUCCAUUCACUUAAGUUGUCUUUUUUGAUCUUUAAUAUUCUCCACUGAGAGAUGAGUGUGACAGGUUCCAAGCGCAGGUAGCCAAUGGCAUGUUGUCAUUGUUACCCCACUUUAGUUGCAAUGCGAAUACUGAACUUAACAAAUAAUGUAUUUUCUCUGUUCCAGGACCCUGCCUAAAGAUUGCCAAAUGCUUCUUUUCUCUGCAACCUACGAUGAUGACGUGAUGAAAUUUGCCAAGACAGUAGUACCAGACCCUAUUAUCAUUCGGCUGCGUCGAGAAGAAGAGAGCCUGGACAAUAUCAAGCAGUACUAUGUGGUGUGUCGUGACAAAGAGGAUAAGUUCCAGGCCCUCUCCAACAUGUAUGGCGUUGUGUCUAUUGGACAGUGUAUUGUUUUCUGUCACGUAAGUGUUAAAAUAAAUUCCUUCCCUCCCCCUCCUUUUUUCUUUCACCUUUCCCCUGAUUCCCAUUCAAAUUCUUCCUUGCCCCAGGAAACGACUGUAAAGCAUCUUAAAUUUCAGUUGCUGUUUGGCAAAUUUUUCGUAACCCCAGGAUGUUUUUACAUUUGUGUAUGCCUGUGUCAUUUCAGACUCGGAAGGCCGCCUCUUGGUUGGCAGAGAAGAUGACAGCGGAUGGUCAUUCAGUAGCGCUGUUGUCAGGCGAGAUCACAGUGGAACAGCGGCUAGCAGUAUUAAACAGAUUCCGCGAGGGCAAGGAGAAACUGCUAAUAACAACUAAUGUCAGUGCCAGAGGCAUCGAUGUGGAACAGGUAAGAACACACUGGCCACCAUUAGAAUCAGUGACCCACUCCCUAGUAAACAUGGAUUUUGGGUUCGUGCAUGACAAAAUCAUAAUAUGUAAUCAGAAAUCAUAGUAAGGUACCAGAAUUUUAAACAGUAAUGAAAAAUGUAAAAAACAUAAAUCUUAUUGGAUAUAAAAUAGUAAGUAGGAGCCAAGUAAGAGUGCGGGUGGGUACUGUAUGUUACUUCAUGAAAAUUAGGGUAGGGAUGUAUGGUAUAUAAUAUGCUCCUUAACUUACCAUAUUUUAGACCAUAGUGAUUGGGCCAGUUUUCAAAUUUUGAUUCUAUGCCUGCCAAAACUACCAAAAGGUUAAUAUUUUCAGUGCUUCCUGAUGAAAUUAAUUUCAUUUGAUAUCCUCUUUGUAACUGCAUAGGAGCAUUUUUUGUAUGGGUUAACACUUCAAGUCCCAAUGGUGACCAACAUCAAUUUUCUUCUAACAAUAUCCAUACAAUGUCAAGAGAUUAGGUUAUGAGAACUAGUAAAAUGAUCCCCAAAGAGAAAAUGCCUUGAUCUUUUCUCAAAUUCUCUCAACACAUUCUUGAAGGAAAUGUUUGGAGAAUUUGUAUGUGGAUAUUGAAGCUUAAAGGGUUCAGGCACUAAGUAAUGACUUGAGCACAUAAUUGAUCAAAAAGAGCAAUUCUUUUGUGACAUAGCCUUCCCCCCACUCCGCCCAAUUCCCUAGUGAUGCCAGUGAGGCCUUAAGGCCUGUUUACAUGUAAACGUGAUCAAAUUAAAAUAAGAGAUUAUAUGGACAGAGGGGUUACUCCACCUAAGCGGGUUACCACACCUCCAUGUAAACAGGCCCUUAGUAAUAGGAUGUUGCUUUAUUUUUUGUCUUGUUUCUAUAGGUUACUGUCGUAAUAAAUUACGAUAUGCCAGUUGAGCCCACGGGUAAACCGGAUUUCGAAACAUACUUGCACAGGAUCGGCAGGACUGGCCGGUUUGGCAAGAGCGGCAUUGCCGUUAACUUCGUUGAUGGUCAGCGGUCUAUGGCGAUCAUGAAGAAAAUCGAAGAACAUUUUGGCAAGAAAAUAACGCUCUUGCAGGCUGAUGACGUGGAUGAACUUGAGAAACUGGGCAACUAACUUGAAUCGCCAAAGUUAUGGAAAUCGAUAAGAGUUAUUUAACAAGGAGUGUUAAACAAGGGAUUAACUCUUGAAACCUCACGCUAAAGUCUCUCUAAGGAUUUCAUUCCAGCCUAGACGUUUAACUUCCUAUAGAACAUUUGCAGCGCUUUGGUGAGGUGUGUAAAAUGAUUUUCAACGAGCGUGAUAUAAUAGUGUUCUGUACAUGGUAGUUUUAAUAAUCUAACUUAAUCAAUGGCUAAGCUGUAUUUUGCGUCCAACGGGAUACUUAGCAACUAAAGUGUUUCUCAGGAAAUACUAGUAGCUGUUUGCUUUUCAGUAACAUUUAUGGAUGAAAUUGGGGAUUAGUUAUCUUUUGAAAUGUGUUACUGGCCGUAAAGCUUUUAUUUGAAUGUAGCAAAUCGUUUUUCAGAGACUACAAGCAGUCUCUCUUUGUUUAGUCCGUUGAGCAAAACGAAAAUGACCUCGCUAAAUCUGAAGAACAAGAGAGACUGCUCGCAGUGUACGUGUUUUACGGCAUAAUAAACAGUUGAAAAUUGCUAAGGACUUAGGUACAUUACGGACUGAAGAACGUACGAGAACCAUUGUUGACUUUACGAAACGCCCUCGAAUCAUUCCUUGUGUAACACCUCCUUCGCCAAUCGUUGUGUUCUAGCUGGCGCAAAUAUUUCAUGGACAUCUUUGAUGAGAUAUUGUAGAGGGGAUUGAUAAUCAGUUGCGACGUUCUAUUACUCCAUUCAUAAAAGAAAUUGUUACGUCAUUUAUAGGAUUAUACUCUGUUAUGUUGUUUCAUUAUUUCAGUGUAGCAUAUAAACAUUAUGUGCACGCCGAUGCAAGAAAGAUUUAACUAUCGCAGAGCGUAUGCAUGUCUUUCAUGAGUCCAAGGCGUCUGAGUGAACAUGGCAUUUUUUAACGAAAGUGUUCCCAAAAUUAAAAGCAUUUCGCUUCUAGUUUCCAAACCCCUUUAAAAGAUACCGGAAAAGAUCACUGCGUUUUGUCCGCAGGUAUGCCAAGCUCAUGAGUGAGAAUCAUUGUUGAGUAACAGAAAUAUUAUAAGGGUUUGUCUGGGGAUUUUAGUGAGUGUAUUUAUGAGUGGAACUUCUUACCUUGCUUCCUUGGUUAUUUGUGCAGUUUAUUUUUGCCGUUUCAGCAAGAUUUUGGCGUGUCUUAGUAAGGCCCAAAAUGCUAACAGCACACCAUAAAUAAAAUAAGACAGGACUCAGACAGCAUAAGAAGUUCUCGUGUAUUUUUAUUGCUAUUUUGACCUCUAUAUAACGAUUGCUAAAAUCGCCACACAAACCCUUACAAUACUUUUGUUACACAACAACGCGUUCUCAAACGCCAAUUUGGGUGUCCUGUGGUUUGUCAACACUUGUCUGAUCAACAGGCAGAAAUUCGGAACAAUAUCGUUCGUUUUGCUUAAAAGGUGACGAAAAAAAUUGCGACAGCCAUGCUUUGUAGAGGAGAUCAACGGUUCUAAGAAAAACAGAAUAUUAA